GUUGAUGGCUGUGCUAGCGGUAUUGCUUGGAGAUGUGUAUCUGAUGGACCUGUCGUUUCCGGGCCCACAAUCUCACAAUCUCUGGAAGCAACAAACGCCAAAGAGAACCAAGACUACUCAGUAUUAGUAACCGCAAACCUAUCCCUCUUCAAAAGAAGCAAGAUGGAUACCACCACUCCUUCUGAAUACAUCUGUUGUCUGACUCUGGAUCUCCUGAGCGACCCGGUUUCGACUCCUCGCGGCUUUGUUUUUGAGAGGAAGGCCAUCAUUGAAUGGCUGAAAAGGGGCGAGAGGUCUUGUCCGUUGACGCGAGAACCGCUGGAAGAGUGGGAAUUGGUAAACAACACGGAAUUGCUGGAAGAAAUACUGAAAUGGAAGAAGGCAAAUCGAAUUGCCGACAUCAGGAUUGAUUCAUUUGAAGAUUUUUCCUCGGACAGACGAUCCUUGGGACUUGGGAGCAAAGCUUUGGCCAGUGCCCCUCAUUUGCUCAGUGUACGAGAACGCAUCUUGAAGCGACGGGAACAGCAAUUCCGAGCUCACCUGACAAAAUGCUGAAAGAGGGACACGCUGGGAGACUCAAUGAGAGGGGCUCUCUUCUUGUGGGUGUGGGUAUGAUUUAGUUUUACUUCACUCCAAGAACAAUCCAUAGUACCAUUGCAUAACAUUUGCAUACCUCUUCUGCAUUUCGUAGUCUACAGCUCGUACUUUCUACCGGUAAAUUAAACUCUGCACAAACUAAGUCUCGUGCUUUAAUAAAAAAUAUGGAGUUGUGCCUUUUA